CAAUUCUCACAAAACAAACACCUUCAUCCCAAACAUUCAAACCUCCUCAUCUUCUUUGCUAACUUCUUUCAGUGUCAUUUCUUUUUUCAAUUGCUCUCUCAUAAAAUGGCAAAAAAUGUAGCUGGGUCCCCUCUGGAGAGGAAUAGCCUGGCUUCUCUAGACCAAAAGCUGGCCAUGGCCAAGCGCUGUUCUCAUGAGGGUGUAAUAGCAGGAGCUAAGGCAGCAGUUAUUGCUAGUAUUGCCACUGCCAUUCCAACUGUAAGACUUCUUUCUCAUUACUGUCACAGUUUUUUUCAAAGAUACAACCAUUCUUUAGCAAUCUGUUUCUUAGAAUGGUUAUUCUCAAAGAUACAUAAAGUGCUUGUAAACCCCCAAGUAUUUCAUUUUGGGUUGAAAUCCUCUCAUUUACUCACUCACACAAUGCCUUUUAUGCAGGUGGCUAGUGCGAGGAUGCUGCCUUGGGCAAGGGCCAAUCUCAAUCACACUGCUCAAGCCCUCAUAAUCUCCACAGUGGCAGGAGCUGCAUAUUUCAUAGUGGCUGACAAGACAGUCUUGGCCACCGCUAGGAGGAACUCCUUCCAGCAACUCUCUAAGAAUGAUGUAUAAAUCCCAAUCACUCUUAUGGCUUUACACUAUUGUUGUAAGCCACUUUAUUAUGUAAACAACCCGUCAUCUGAAUAAAUAAAUACAGAUAGGGUUCCAUUUUAAGAGCAGUCUGUAUUCAAUGAUCAGCUUAUCUGAAUGGAAAUUGUCUUUGAUUUACACA